AUGGAGCCGCUGGAGCAUUGGCAGGACGUGCUCGAAAACCGAAGGUCUCGGUACUCGACCAGCAAGAACGAACGGGGCCUGCAGGCCGCUCCUGUCCCCCGACCACAAUCAUUCCACAAGCCUUUGGCACCGUCAAAGGAGGAGUUCCGUAUUCUGCAUCUACUACCAUCUGCUGACCUGGACGCUACCAUUCAGGGUGUGAUGGAGCAUGUAUCGUUCAAUCACCAUCCACCCUACGAAGCUGUCUCGUACACCUGGGGCGAUCCUCGCAAUACCAGCACUAUCACGAUAGAUGGUCUGGAAUUCUCGGUUACCAGCAAUUUGGUAGUCUUGCUACGCCAUCUUCGUAAGCCCAACGUAUCUCGCGCUCUGUGGGUUGAUGCGUUGUGCAUCGACCAGCAAAAUUCUCAUGAACGCAGUCUUCAGGUUCGCUUAAUGAGAAGGAUUUACAGCUCUUGCCUCGUGGACUUGGUCUGGCUAGGUGAGGCCGAGAGCGCGAAAGUACGUGCUUUUGAGAUCGCGGCCACUCUCGAGCGUGCUGAUCUUGAAGCCAUGCGAGGACGAGUGCGAGCGAUGCCAUGGCAGGAGAGAGACCGCCUUGGCCUCUAUAGUGACGCCACUGACGCCUACACAGUCUUGACUCGGGACGAUUGGAACGAGCUGAGGUCUGUGUUCUCGCAACCGACCGUAUGGGGAAGAGUCUGGAUUAUGCAAGAGAUUGCGUGCGCACCCAGAGUAAUCUUGAUGUCAGGACACAAUACGCUCGACUGGGACGUAAUUGCGAAGUUCCUCGAUAGCGGCAACUACCCUGAUGCAUACCAUGCACCGUUUCACCAUAACAACUAUGAAGCUCACAUCAACGAAAUCUUCGCCAAUGCACAGAUUAUUGAGCAUCAGCGUGCCAUUGUCCGCAACAUGGACACAGGCUAUGUGUCCAGACUACUCGAUGUCCUUGCACGCUUCAGGUUCACAGAGGCCACGAAUCCACGAGAUAAGAUCUACGGUCUACUGGGCUUGGCCUCGGACGCAAUGGGCAUCAUCCCAGACUACUCUAAGAGUGUCGGAGAGGUGUACACUGGUUUCUUUCAAGCAUACGUCAACACCACACAAGACUUGGAUCUGCUGUGUCAAAGUCCAUGGCACUUUGGCAGCAUGAUGGCUCCGAAGAAGGGCAUGCCAUCGUGGUGCCCAGACUUCGCCAAUCCACGGCUCCCUGGCCCAGGAGUCCUGUUUGCACAGCGCUCUAUAUUCAGCUCAGGCAGCGAAAAAUGCAGGACCUCAUGCAGGAUCCUGGAUGAAAUCUAUCUGCAAGUCGAAGGUGUCUGUUUAGAUCAGCUGGCGGGCAUUUGCGGGGAGCCCGAGAGGGAUCCGGAUGCCCCGUAUAGUUACUUGUCCCCCCUUGACUUCAUCGAAGGCAGUAUCCCAAAACAGCUGCGGAAAAAGGACGCCGACGAACGCCCGGUGAUGUAUGCUUGGACCGGCGAGCCGGCGUUCCAAGCAUAUUGGAGGACCAUCCUCACAGACUGUAAGAGAUACCCUACGUGUCGUCUAGAUCCGGCCACCUUGCAUGCCUGCAGUGAGUUGCUCGAAUCUUGGCGCGAGGGCGACAAACCCUUUGAAUACUAUGAUGGUGAGGGUGGUUCUGUCCGAGCGGAGCUUUAUGGUCUCGGUGUUUCUGUCAUGUCAGAGCUCAACUUCGCAACAACAGAGUCAGGUAUCUAUUGCAUGGUGCCGCGCUCUGCUAUUGUCGGUGAUGAGGUGGCCAUCUUCUCAGGCGGAAAGGUCCCUAUGGUCAUUCGACGCCAGAAGCCAGGAACAGGAGCGAACGAAAGGCGUUGUCAUGGUGUGGUUGGUCCAGCGUACGCGCAUGGCUUCAUGGAUGGUCAGGGAGCGGCGCUGGUACACAAUGGCGACCUCGCCGAAGCGUCAAUCUUCCUCAGCUGA